AUGGCAACCCACAAAGCCACAGCCCUCGCCAUUGAUGACUACGAAUUUCCAAAGGGCCAUAACGCAGUCGGGGGUCUUAUCAUGACGGCUUUGAUGGUUCUCUCCUCGAGGAGGAAGUUCAUCGAGCCUGGUUCGGUCCUUCAUGACCACAUCAUAGCGAGAAGCACCAAAGCUGCAAAACACUCGAAGUUCGUCCAAGAAGUUAUAUUUUAUACCUUGUUUGGUGCUCAUGGUAUCGAAACCAUAUGGUUCGCGAUGACCAAGCUCAAUAAACACAGCGUCAAGAUCACCAGACCUGCCUGGAUUGAAUGGGUCUUGACGGUAUUUGCUGGAGGAGUCUUCGCUCGCAAGCACUUUGAUGAAUUCAUCGAGCAGAGGGAGAUCAAAGCCAUCCAAGAGAUCUAG